UUUAAAUAAAAAUGGUGUGCAAAUAAAUAAUUUUUAUAGAAAUAUAUAAAUAAGUUAAUAAGAAAAAAAAAACAAAAUUUUAUAAUUAAUGUAAUUUGAAUGUUAAAUCAUAGUCCUCUAUAAUUAUAUGACGUAAUGGCUGACGGUCCUAGACCGAUGAAGAAUUUGAAACCAGCACAGAAGAAUCUCAACAGUGCCGAGCAAUUCCAUCUCGUUCACCAAUCGGAAUACGAAAAUCGAAGUAAAGGAAGCGUUGAUAGAAUGAAAAGAGUACAUGAUCACAACCUCGCUUAUCCCAAGUUAAGAGAUGAGCUUGACAAACGACGAUCGGUGAUGCAGGUAAUAUUCAAUGAAAAGGAAAAAUCACCCUACGACUCUAAAUGUAAAGCCUGUAUGAAAUUAAAACAAUUAACUAAACUCCGCAAGCUGAAUAUAAAACCUCGAUGCACUCCGAAAACCUCGAAAAGAAAGUACUAUCGAGAGAGUAAGUCUCGUGUGAAAAAAAGGUCCAAAAAUGGAAAAAAUAGAACAAAAAUAUACAAACAAAAAAAAAUAAACAAUAAGUUAUAUAAUUAUGUCGAAGACACAGAUAAAAAUAAUAGAAUUGAUUGUGGUACUGAUCCAAUAAUUAAAUUACACUCAAAUGACAGGAGCCAUACAAUUGAAUUGCAAGAUAAUAAUAAAAAUGGCGGGAAACGUCGAUCGGAACAGAAUAGUUCAUCGAAUUCCGUGAAUACAUUUAACAAUCCUAAUACGAGUAAUUUUUCUGUGAGCAGCUACAAUACUUACCCAUCUAUGGAUCAUGAGCCAAUGGUGUCGCCGGAUUAAUUUUGCAAUAGAUAACAACAACAGUUUUUUUUAAUUUAUGUAAAAUCCUAAGUGUCAAAAUUGUAUAUAAAACCUUAUUUUGUUUUCAAAUGUUAUUAAUUGUUCCGAAAUUAGAAUUAACAAGAUUUUUUAUAUACUUUGAAACUAUAAUAAAUGUUAUACG